UCUUGUUUUCUUGUCUUGUGCCAACAUAAACAUGAACAUUGGACUAUCACGUCUUCUGACUUUAUAGGUAUUUUACAAAAAUGUGCUAUUUCUCUUCGUUUUAAACUACGUUAGCGUAGUAUUUGACAGUAGGCGGAUUUACACAAUGCGGUAGAUGUGGAAAAACUCCAUUACCCACAAUCCCGCUCUCCCUCGUGCUGACACGUUGCUAGGCGACACUGCUGAAAGCCUUGGUGUGCUAAUUGCUAGACAGCGAGCUACAUUACGUCACAACGACGUCGUCUGUUCCCGUCGUCUCGUGACAUUUUUUGACGACUUUUCAUCAUUUCAUAAUUGUAAUAACUAACCAAUAGUCAAGCCGAGCGCCUUGAGAACAGACUGCCAGGUGCGUGGACAUGGCGGAAAGGGACAUCAUUUUAAGUGCCAGGUUGGUGUCUAGCUGCGUGACCCGCCUCGGGCGCUUCGACACUGGACUUCAGCACCCGUACCAUCAUGUGGCCCUCUCUGGUCGCAAGCUCCGGGAUAUCUCUGUGUUGUGUAAUUUUGUUCACCUGCAAAAGCUGGAGCUGUCAAACAAUAGAAUUACAGAUCUAUCCUGCGUGAGCCAUAUGCCCUUCCUCGUCAUUUUGGAUGUCUCUCACAACGAGAUCUCGGAUUUCUUUGGCUUCGAGCCCCCGAAGAAUCUGAAGGAGGUCAACUUCUCGCACAACAGUUUGACACAAAUGAAGGACAUGUCGGACUACGAGGCUCUCGUCAAGCUCGAUCUGGACCACAACCGCCUGAAGCGCAUCCACGGUCUGGAGAAGUGCUGCAAGCUGACUCAUCUCAGCGUGGCGCACAACAACAUCGCCAGCGUCCGCAGUCUGGACCACGUGCCGCUCGCAGACCUCAACCUGAGGGGGAACCAGCUGAAAGGCACAAAAGGUCUGGAGAACCUGUCGAGGCUACAGACUCUUGAUCUGUCGCUGAACCACAUCAGCAGUCUCGCUGGCCUCAGCAACCUCCACCUGCUAGGCUCCAUCGACAUGGAAAGAAAUCAGAUUUCUGAGAUUGAGGAGUGUCAAUACAUUCACAGUCUUCUCCUGCUGAGGGAUUUGAAUCUUUUAGGGAACCCUGUGCAGGAGCAGCCAGACUACAGGCUGUCGGUGCUCUUCCUCCUCCAGCAUCUGACGAUGUUGGACCAAGAGAGAGUCACUGUUGAAGAGAAGGUGUUUUCAAUCAACAAGUACGACCCUCCCAUGGAAGUGGUGGCGGCCAGGGAUCACAUGACCCAUCUGAUGUAUCAGCUGAUGCAGCCUCAGCUUCUCUAUGACACCACUCUACCCAGCGAUGACGCUCCGUAUCCGAUGGUGGUUCUGACUGGUCCGCAAGGCUGCGGGAAAAGGGAGAUGGCCCACCGCCUGUGUGAGGACUUUGACGAAUACUUUGCAUAUGGGAUCAGCCAUACUACCAGGGAGCCCUACUUUGGCGAGGAGAACGGCAGCGACUACCAUUUUGUCAGCGAAGAAGAGUUUCAACUGCUUGUACACAGGGGGGCUUUCCUCCAGACUGUCCAGUACGGCGGCCACAAGUAUGGCCUGAGCCGGGACGCCAUUGAAGAUGUCGCCCGGGAAGGACUGGCGUGCUGCGUGCAGAUGGAGCUUGAGGGUGUGCUGAGUCUGAAGAAGAGCAUCUUUGAACCCCGCUAUAUCCUGCUCCUCCCCACCAUAGUGGACAACUACAAGGCCACCCUGAGGAGUCGAAACCUCUACACCGACGCCCAGAUCGAGGCGGCGGUAUCGCGCAUCGAGCUGUACGCUGACUUCAACCGGGAGCAGCCCAGCUUCUUCGACAACGUCAUCCGCUGUGAUUACUGGGACAAAGCCUACCAGAUGCUGGAGCGGAUUGUCAAGAACUACCUGUUGCUCGAGGACCAGGAAGAAGGAGAGGGUAAAACGACAGAGAAACCCCCCACGGAGGAGCUAAGGUCAGACUCCUCCACAUUGUCCCACUCAGCCACAGCCCUCGACCCCUCAGAGCUCCCCUACAGGAACUAUUUCGCCAAGACCCAGCAACCCCACAAGACUCCUGUUGAGCUGGCUUCCAUCCGCAGGCGGGAGCGGCCGGUGAGAGAGGCGGUCACGGGGAAGAGUCCGGGGGUCUACAGUUGGCUCAUCAGAAGGGGGCCAAAUUGGCUUGAUUGGCCCACUUUUCCUAACUGCAAUUUGAUGGUUUGUUUGGACUUCCUGUUUGACCUUGAGGGUGUAGUGGCCCACCGCAAAAACCAGCAGUGAGGCUAAUUGGAUGGCCUUGUUGUAGUGUUUCCACUCAGCGCAACACCUCACCUCGAAAAGUAGAAACGAGCGCAUGGAACAAACAAUACAGGAGUCAAGACAAUACGGACACGUAAGCAAUAUACUUGUGCCUUGAGGUGCAAGUUUCAUUUGUUUGGUGACCGGGCACUUAAAACAUUCGUGAAUGAAUGGAUAUGCCAUUAAUCAUUUCCAGCCUCCCCCUAAAAACAAACUAAAAAAAAAUUGGAACGUUUGUGAAGCAGGAAAAUGGCACUCUGUAAUAUUUACUUUAUAAAAUGGAGCAAUAUAACAUAAUUAAAUGGAAUGUAAAGAAUUUUUAAGUUUAUGCAUCAUGAAUAAUUCAUUGUGGGACUUGGCCACCAGGGGCAGUAUAAUACAGUCAUGAAGAACAGGAGUUUCACAACUACUCUGAGUCAGUAAAAUACGAUGAUACGAGAGCAUUAAAAAAAAUGUGCCUGUUCGUACUAUAAAUUGUCUGUACAUGUUGAUGUGAAAUUUCUGUUGUUUGAAG